GAGAACAUUAGUUCUGUUCGACGGAUGUGCUUAACAGAACAAUGAAAGGGCAAGUACUGUUGUUUUUCUUGGUCGUCUUUCCUCGUUUUGUGUUCGGCCAGGUCAGCUACUCUAUCCCCGAGGAAAUGGCGAAAGGCUCUUUAGUCGGUUAUAUAGCUCAGGAUUUGGGUUUAGAUGUUAAACGAUUACAAGCCGGCAGAGCUCGUAUCCACACCGGAGACAAUGCAGAGUAUCUUCAGCUUAACAAGGAAAAGGGACUACUCGUCAUCAAAGAAAAAAUAGACCGCGAGGCUCUCUGUGGCCAGACGACGCCUUGUGCUUUACAUUUUCAAAUUGCUUUAGAAAAUCCAAUAGAAAUAUUUCCCGUCACUGUAGUAAUCACAGACAUUAAUGACAACGCUCCCGUAUUUGAAAGGGAAGAGAGGCGCUUUGAAAUCAGCGAGUCUGCAGUCGUCGGUUCUAAAUUCAUGCUAGAAAAAGCAAUAGAUCCAGAUAUAGGAUUAAAUGGUCUUCAGAGCUAUACAUUGAAGCCCAACGACAAUUUUAUACUUAAAAUGAACAGUCAGUCUGAUGGUGGUAAAAAGGUCGAGAUGAUUUUACAGAAGUCUCUAGACAGAGAGAAGCAGGAGUAUGCAUCAUUGCUCUUAACAGCUGUUGAUGGAGGAGAGCCUCAAAGGUCUGGGACUAUGCAGAUUCAUAUUACAGUGUUAGACGUUAAUGAUAACGCCCCUGUUUUUACACAAACCGUUUACAAAGCUGAAAUCAAAGAGAACUCAGUCAACGGGACAGUCAUUACCAAAGUGAGCGCCUCCGAUGCAGAUAAAGGCUCUAAUGGGGAGGUUAGCUACGUAAUUGGAAAUAGCAUGAGGGGCCUUUCAAAUGUAUUCGUCAUUACGGAAGACGGGCAUCUUGUACUAAAUGCCCCUCUUGAUUAUGAAAAAGCCCAAAAGUAUGAGAUUUACGUAGAGGCAGUGGACAGAGGAGGACUGUCUGAUUCGAGCAAAGUCAUUAUUGAUGUAGGAGACAUUAAUGACAACACUCCAGUUAUAAAAAUAAUAUCGUCGUCAAUUUCAAUAGGAGAAAAUUCUCCUUCGGGCACAGUGGUAGCUGUAAUGAGUGUUAAUGAUCCUGAUUCCGACGUAAAUGGUAAAGUCGAGUGUACGAUUAAUAAAAACACACCAUUUGCAAUUACUUCUACAUCCAGUAAUUUUUACAGCAUUAUAACAGACAGUGAUUUAGACAGAGAGAGAGCCUCUGAAUAUAACAUCACUGUGACCUGCUCUGAUGAGGGAGUGCCCUCCCUCUCCAGCAGCAUGCUGAUCAUGGAUUGA